AUAUUAAAUUUUUUUUAUUUUAUAAAUUUUUUUAAAAAUUACUAUAGCUCUUCUGGAUCCGCUGCUAAUGGUACUGUUUCUCAAGAUCCACUUGUCGAAACACCUUCGCACAACCCUUCUCCUAGAGGCCAAAACCAGAGGAAUGGCUCUGCAUCACAAACCCAUGGUGGUUGUAGUGACAACUUUUCACCACGGCACUCGCACAGGAACCAAAAUGGUAACCACCACCACCACCACCACCAAAGUCAUGGUGGCAGGCGCAGCCAGGAGCAAGGGAAUCAAAACUGGAAUUUUUGCAGAAGCUUUAGUGGGAGAGAUGGAAAUGCACAUUCACAAAGAGGCGCCCCAGCAUUUGUGAGACAUCAACCUCCAACUAUGCAGUCAAUUCCUCCUCAGUUUAUGGCAGCUCAGCCUAUUCAGCCUUUUGGCGGGCAUGUGCCUUUUCCUCCUAAAUUGGCAUCUCCAUAUUAUCCCCGUAUGCCUUUCAUCAGCCCUCUCUCACCUGGUCCAGUCUUUUACCAAGUCCAAGAUCUUCCUCUAAACGUAAAACUACAGAAGCAAAUACAAUAUUAUUUUAGUGAAGAGAAUUUGAUUAGAGACACAUACCUUCGUGGGCACAUGGAUGAUCAUGGUUUUGUUCCGCUGCAUGUGAUUGCUGGUAUCAAGAAGGUAAAUUACUUUCUGGAUGUGCCGUCAUGCAUGUUGGCCUGAUUCACCUUUCUCACUGAAUCUUAUUUAUUAUUCUCGAGUCUGUAGAAAUUGAGGAUUAGCGUGUACUUGUAUUCAGUCAAUAAUAAACCAGAUGUUUUAA